ACGCCCCGUUUUUUGGGGCCUCGUCUGGUUCCUGAAGAAAAGCCUGCCGAAUCUGCGACGAAGAUGGUUUGCCUACUUUAUGUACAUAUUUACCAAGGAAAAAGAUGCCAAGGUGGAGGAAAUGAAGAAGGAUCUCUUUGCAAGCAUGAAGGAUAUUGUCUCCCAAGAUCCUGAACUGCGAAAGCAAAAUUCCAUUCGCAUCUUAGAAAUUGGAGUUGGAACGGGUGUCAACUUUUCCCAUUACCCGGAUGGAAGCAGACUGGUGGUUGUGGACCCUAACCCUCACUUCAAGAGCUACUAUAAUGACAAUCGAAAGAAGUUCCCUAAUAUUCAGGCUGAAGAAAUAUUGGUAACUACAGGAGAGAAGAUGGACAUGGUGCCAGACAACAGCAUUGAUGUUGUGGUCAUGACCCUAGUACUCUGUAGUGUGACUGGCACCGAAGAAAUCAUGAAAGAGAUCUUGCGUGUUCUUGUUCCGGGUGGCAAGUUCUACUUCCUGGAGCACAUCAGGGAAUUUGAUUCUGAAAAGCACGGCACGAGACAGAAGAUCCAGGACCUCCUGACAAAGAUUGGACUCUGGCCAUUUUUAUUUGACGGUUGUUGUCUGAAUCGUGACAUGCUUCCAGCUAUCGAGGCAGCUGGCUUUUCAAAGGUUAACGGAGAACGUUUCUAUGCACCAGUUAACAACUUCAUCUUCCAACUCAUUAAGCCUCACCUCAGAGGCACGGCUGAAAAAUGAGUAUGUCCCCCUUCAUUAUCAGUGAGAAUGUGGUUGUUAGCUUGUGUAUUGAAUUGAAGGGCAUCUUUUUUUUCUUUUCUUUUCUUCUUUGUUAUUGUAUACCAGUUUUUUUAUAUUGCACCAGAAAAUAUAUUUUGGAUACAAAGGUUA